UACUUCCCAAUCCGCGCUCCAACGCAAUGAGGGUUCUCACGCGCUCUUCGGAGGUUUAAGGAAUUAGGGUUUUAGAUUUUUCAGAAAUCUUGCUUGCUUGGUGUUCUCAUGAGUUGAACUGAAGAAAUACACUGAGUGACUGACUGUCAUGUACUCCUCCAAAUUCCUCUCAUUUCCCACAAACCCCAGACUCCAAUUCUCACAAGCCCCUCACACCCUUCUCUUCACCCCAGUUUUCCUGCCCCAAAACCCUCCUCCUUCCCACAAAAUCCCAUUCAAGUCCCACUCUCUUCUCCAUCCCAGACCCCUUCUUGCAGCCCCACCAAGCAACCACUCUAACCCUGCCUCUGCGUCUCCAUCUCCACCCAACGACCAGUCAUUGGAAACCCAAGAGGCCCAAGAGGCCGUUUCCGAGUUUCUUCAAGAGCUCGGCGUCUCGGCGGCAGAUUCGGAUUCGAUUUCUUCGAACUCGCCGCGUUAUUUGGCGAUGUUGGUUGAUGGGGUGAAGGAUUUGGACGAGCUCUCGCUCUGGGAUUCGUGGAAGAGUGAAGGGAAAGAGUUUGUUACUGAAGAUGUUGGGUUCAAGAAAAAGGUCGUUUAUAUGGCCAAGGAGAAGGGUGAUAAUGGCAAGGUUGCCUUCUUGGAGAGUGUGGGGUUGAGUCUUUCUUCGGCCAUGAAUGUUGCGCGGUAUCUGUCGGCGGAGUCGCUUCCGUGUCUCAUUCAUAAGGUUUUGUGUAUGAAGGAAAUGUUAUUUUCUGGCAGUAAUGAAGGGAGGCUCGUUGGUAAAAAUGCUCGCCGUAUGAUGGUGUACUUAUCGAUUCCUAUUGAUGAAGAAGUGCAACAAACCUUGUCCUUUUUCGAAAAGAUUGAAGCGAGGCGUGGAGGUCUAGACAUGUUGGGUUCCAAUGAUGCCUCUUUUCGAUAUCUAAUCGAAUCAUUUCCACGGCUUCUUUUGUUAUCAGUAGAAUACCGUAUGAAACCUUUGGUGGAAUUUCUUGAGAAUAUUGGAGUUCCCAGUGGAUUCUUGAUAAAUCUGAUUCUAUUAUUUCCACCAAUUAUUUUUUGCAAGAUUGAGGUUAUUAAACAAAGACUUCUGGCUUUCAAGGAGGUCACUGCAGAUGGAGAUGUUGGCAAAUUGUUGCUAAAAUAUCCAUGGAUUCUAUCUACUACCAUUCAAGAGAACUACAAGGAUAUUCUUUCUUUCUUUAAUUUGGAGAAGGUUCCAAUAUUGAGUGUUCACCGUGCGAUCAAGAGCUGGCCUUUUCUAUUGGGUUGUUCAACUAGCAAGCUAAAGUUAAUGGUGGUAGAGUUUGGCGAAUUAGGUAUUCAAAACAAAAGGCUGGGUCAGGUUAUUGCUAAAAGUCCCCAGCUACUAUUACGAAAACCUCAAGAAGUUCUCCAGGUCAUUUCAUUUUUGGAAGAUCUGGGACUUGAUAAAGAAAGUAUUCGAAGGAUAAUUGGUCGCUGUCCUGAAAUUUUUGCUACCAGCAUUGAGAAAACUCUCAAGAAAAAACUUGAAUUCCUCACUGAUAUUGGUGUUCCAAGAUCUCACCUUCCUCGUGUAAUAAAAAAAUAUCCAGAGCUUCUUGUGUCUGACGUUGACAGAACUCUACUUCCUAGGAUGACAUACUUGAUGAGACUUGGGCUAUCAGGAAAGGAUAUUGCAUCAAUGGUCCGCAGAUUCUCUCCUCUUCUGGGAUACAGCAUUGACGAGGUAUUGAGACCAAAGGUAGAAUUUCUGGUGAACACAAUGGAGAAGCCGAUAACUGAUGUGGUGGACUAUCCAAGGUAUUUCAGCUACUCAUUGGAGAAGAAGAUAAAACCAAGAUUCUGGGUGCUCAAAGGAAGCAAAGUUGAGAGUAGCUUGAAGGAUAUGCUGGGCAAAAGUGAUGAAGAAUUUGCUGCCGAGUAUAUGAGUGUUAAAAGCAUGUCUGUUUCCCCUCCCCCCCCUCCCCCAGCACAUCAAUGAGAGAAGAGUUGCCUGUAUCAUAAUUGGGUAUUUUGUAAAUAGUACCUCAGAUUUAAAAUAGAUUUUUUUUUUGGUCAUAACUCGUUUUAAAAUUAUAGGAUAGUUAGAAAUGUAUUUUAAGGUCAAUGGUAAAAA